CCACAAAAAAAUGUGUUAUUAAUAGUGUUGUGUGUGUGUGCAGGUGUGAUCGCUCAUCAGCGUGGUAUGCUGUCGUCUGAGUCUCCGCUCUACGAUAUUCAUCUGUGUUUCGGUGAGGAGUGGCCCGACGGCAGACCGCGCGAACGCAAACUCAUCACGGUGCAGGUGGUGCCGGUGGUGGCACGGAUGAUCAGUGAGAUGUUCUCGGGCGACUGCACACGCUCCUUCGACAGCGGCAGCGUGCGGCUGCAGAUCUCCAUCCCAGACAUCAAGGACAACAUCGUGACACACCUGAAGCAGCUGUACCGUCUCCUGCAGACGCACCAGGGGCAGGAGAACUGGCCUCUGCCUCCCAGCAUGCAGCUCCCGCAGGCGCAGCACUGACGCAGGUGACCGCUUUUAUCAGCCGCUGCUUCUGACGUCUGAGCUUUUAGCUGCGCUCUCCUGCUUUUACUGCAGAUGUAUGUUACACGUGUGGUCCGCUUUCUCGCACUUUUCUUGGCUCUCCUAUGUUUUUAACUGCAUCAUGUGUUUGACGUCCCAUCAUGCAGAUUUGUGUAUUAAUGUUGUAUGGAUUUAU